GCUUGCACCUUUUAUUUUUUUCAAUAUUUUACAAACCGUGUUAGUAAAGCGAGGGUUGGGAAAGAAUAUUACUACUACUGCACCUCCUUCUGACCAUCAAAUACUAUUUAUAAACCUCUGCAUGCCUGAAGCACAUUCUUACAUCUCUUUCCAAACUGCAAAACUGAAAAAGAAAUAAUGCAAGCUCAAAUAGCUCACAAGUUCAUUCUCUGGACUCUGGUAACAUUGUCAUCUCUUAUAUGCCAAGGAUGGGCGGUCAAGUGCGCUGCCGGUGAUCACGCUCCUACGGUGAAGCAAACACAGGUGGGGGUGGGAAACCCUCCCAAAUUCUUGGUAGAAAUCCGCAACAACUGUCCCAUGUGCCCAGUCAUCAACGUCCAUCUCAAGUGUGGGAGCUUCCCCCAAGCUCUCGUCAGUCCUAGGCUGCUCAAAGUGCUUGCUUCUGAUGAUUGUGUCGUCAAUGCCGGACUUCCAUUGCAGCCUCUACAAAAGCUUUCUUUCAACUAUUCUCAUAACAAAUUCCUACUUCGUCCCACCAUCUGGUAUUUCCAGUGCGAAUAGACUACAGCUCUGCUGCUACUUCUGGCUACUCAUAACCCACCCUUAUUACCGACUUAUAUUUUAGUCUAUCUGUCAUUCUCUCUCUAAGAUUAUUACUAUUCUUCACUGAUCUAGUUAAACAGAACCAAGAAACUUGAUUUUACUGUUUUGAUAUCUACUGAAAAUGUUUAUGGAAAAGUGUCAAAUGUGCUCUAAUUAUGUUUAAACACCAUGAUGUUGACUUACUUAUCUUGCGAAUAAUUUGUGCUUCCGUUUGGAGACUUUACGUGAUGUUGCCAAAUACACUAUUAUCCUCAAUAUUUGGCUAUAAAUCACUUGUGAAUAAUUGACUUUGUGGAGGA